UAGCUUAUAGCAACGUCAGAGAUGGGGCUAUAGUCAGUUCUGCUUGAUUCAGCGCUUGUCAUCGUCCGCUCUUCGGUUUCAGUCCUCGUCAAAAGUCGCGUUGUUACAUUUUGAGCCUGCAACUUACUUGCGAAUGUUGUGCCAUCGAACCCACUAUGCCCCGCGUAAAAGAAAACCCAUUUUAGUCGCAAUCACAAAGUUAAAUAAGAAUCACUUUGCUCGGCGUUCGGUGCAAAAGGACAGUUGAAGUUUACGGCCUGACAACAACGAUUGUUCUUCUCAAAACAGGUGCGGCGCAAGCUUCGUUCGAAGUUCAACCUGCCGAGUUACGUGAUAGCGAUCAAGCCUUUCUUUCUGAUCCCCGAGCUUCGCGUUCUUUCCACGCACCACGAGAAGUUGAGCCAGACCGGAACCCUGGAGAUAACCGUCGUGGAGUGCUCCAGACUUGUACUCUGCGAGGGCUCUUUCCAGCUGUACUGCAUGAUCUCUCUGGACGAGCUAGAGUGGAUCGACAUGGACGAAGUGCUGGGGACGCCGUGGCAGAACAUCAGCCUCGAACUGUUCAAGCCAGUCGGCGUAGCCAUUGGAGUGGAAUUCAGGAACAAAACGGUGGAAGGGAGACGCCGCGAAGUCGUCUAUGUCGAAAGCCUCGCUCGUAACUCGCCACUCGCCGCCGGUGGACUGCUGGUGGGCGACUUGAUUGUUACCAUUGAAGGAGUUCGAAUAGUCGACUUCAAGCAAGCAGCCAAGGUCCUGUCCAAAGCCGGAGAGCAGGUCAUCAUCAACGUCGAGAGAAAAAACGAUUUCAAGUGGGACAAGAAAAAGGCACUCAGCACCUCACCGCCGCCGGAAAAUGAAGAGAAUACAUUCACUCAGGACGACAAAACGAAGAACAGCAACAAGACUGCCGACUUCAACGCCACCGACCGACCGGAGAAAAAGGGCGACAGCGCGGCGAUUCUCAUCAGAGCCAAGAACAAGGGCUUCCCGAUAAAACGAACCACCUAUGUUCUCUCCAACCGGGAACCCGUGUUCUUGGAGUCGUUCACUUUCGAAGUCAAGAAUCACUACCGUUUCAUCAACGUCGGCGUCUGGAGCAAGGGCCAGAUCAUCAGCCUGCAGGGUGUCAAGAAGCCCCGCAUAGACACCUAUGCUUGGAUACGUGAGUGCACGACCGCCAUUCCCGUGUCCCACGUGCUGGAGGAAUGCCUCAAGACCACCGAAGGCUACCACGGUGAAGUCGUCAAGCUCUUGUGUCCCCACUUCACUCGGGUUCCCAAGGACUUCCACAAGUACGCCACUCUGUCAGGCUUCGACCCGCGUCACUGCUACGGCGACAUAACGCUUCGCUUCCUGUUCAAGGGCGAGUACAAGGUCAAGGGCGCCCAGCUCAGCUUCGAGCGCGCACGCGAAGUCAGGGAGGAAGAGCCCGCGGGACCCGUCGUCUCAGCCAUCGAGGAAAUACGGUCCGGGAGUGAUGUGAAGUCCUUGGCUCAUGACUUCGAGGAUGUCAUACUUAAGAAAUCAACGACUUGCAAGUUCUGCAACACCAGGAUCUGGCUCAACAGAGGAAUGCGUUGCAAGGUCUGCAGAAUGAUCAUCCACAGCAGGUGCCAAGAAAGGACCAUGCUGAUGACCUUAUGCAAGCAGAAAAUGUGGCCGGAGGAAGAGGCAGAGCCCGUCGGUGGCGCUCCUGAAACUAGCGCAAAGGAAGAACAGGAGAUGCGACUACUGGCGAACGUAGUCAAGGCCCAAAUGCCCAUCCAGUCGUUCGGUGCGAAGGCAAAACCGGUGACGUCGGCACCGUCUUCGCCAACGUACGAAGACGAAUUCUUCAAGCAGCUCGAGAUGACCGACAGCGGGAGCCGGUUGGAAGAAAUUCUGCGCGACCUGUCGCACCGGGGGUUCGGCGUGCAGGUGUUCUCCAAGGCCGUCACCGCUGCCAAGCACAUACACAGCGACCUGGAGCCUCAGGCACGCAUGGAGCGUGUCAGAAACGUCUACCAGCGGGUGAAGAUCUCCUUCGAGGGGGAGCGCCAGCGCAGGGACAAGUUGGAAGAGCAGCUCGCGAACACCCCAGACGAGGCUACGCGCCAGGAGCUGCGCCCAUCGCUCGAACACUGCGAGCAGCGGCUCAAGGGCCUCAACCUGGUCCUCCUCUACUACGCGUCGGGCCUCAAACACAUUUACGAGGAGCACGACGAAGGCUCGGAGCACUCGGAGGCCCCCGCCUAG